UUUUAUUUUGAAUCUACAAUCUGUUGUUGCUUUGUACUUGUUAAUAAUAUAUACACAUGAGUGUAAAUGAACCACUUAUAAUUUCCUGAAAAAAAAAAUUUUUUACCUCUUGAAUUUCAUCAAUUUACCUUUUGUCUCAUCAAAGAUGAUAUUCACAUUAAUAUUCGCUACAAUAAUAUUAUAUAUCAUACAAUCUUACUAUAAAUAUUUUACAAGAGUAAAUCCAUUACCUGGUCCAAUUCCAUUACCAAUAAUAGGAAAUUUGAAAUUAUCAGUAUUUAGGAAUGCAGAUAAAUUUUAUAGUGAACUUAAAAGAAAAUAUGGAGAUAUUUGUGAAAUAAUGCUUUCAGGAAGACGUGUAAUCAUAUUAAGUAAUCCAAAAGAUUUCAAUAAAAUGUUUACUAUGUCUACCAAAUCACCUUAUACAACUCGUUUUCCAAUGUCAGGUGGAUUGGCAGAUAUUUUCCCACCAACUUUUGGAGUAUCAUCAAAUAAAGAUAUAAAAUCUUGGAGAUAUAAUAGACAUUUAUUUGUACAAGUUGUCAUGUCAUCACCUUACUUACAAGGAGUUUUAAAUUGGACAAAUAAAUGCUUUUUUGAACUAGAAUCUUAUUUGAAUGAUUUAUAUAUGAUAAAUGAAAAUACUCCAAGAGAAAUAGAUUUAAACAAAUGGAUAGUUAGAUUUACGAAUGAUGUUACUGCUGUAUUAACAUUUGGUGAAAGGGCAUAUACAAUGAUGGCUUAUUAUGAAGUUUUAUCUAAAGAGGAUAAUAGAAAACGUUCUUCUGAAAUAAAAUUGGUUUCAUAUAAUACCGUCGAAAAAUCCGAAAAAUUUAUUGAAUCCUUUAAAAUUUAUUUAGGUGGUGGAACAUUUUUUAUUGUUGUACCAAGAUUACUUCGUAAUUAUUUUCCUGGAUUAAAAGGUAAAACUCAAAGAUUAUAUGCUAAUCGGGAUUAUUUAUACAAUGCAUUUUCUGAACUCAUUACACAACGUCGUAAAGAAAUUGAAAAUGAAUCUAUUGAUGAAACUAUCAAUAGAAGAGAUAUGUUAUCCUCAUUAAUUAUAUCUAAUACUGAGAGAGAUACAAAAAGAAAGGAUUCUAAUUCACAUUCGGAAAAUGAAUUACAUAAUAAGCCAAUGACUGACGAACAAAUUCGUUUUAAUUUGAUCGAUGCUUUCUCAGGUAGUUCAGAUACGACAUCAAAUUUUAUUUCUAUCUUAAUUUAUUAUAUAACAAAAUAUCCAGAAGUUAAGAAAAAAAUCUUUGAUGAAAUUGAUAAUAUAUUUAAUGGUGAUAUUACUCGCCCUGUAACUCAAAAUGACAUCAAGGAAUUAAAAUAUUGUCCUGCAGUAAUUAGAGAAGUUUCAAGAUUUCAUCCUAUUCUUCCAACGUUACCUCGGUAUAUAACUGAACCUGAUAAUUUAGCUGGUUAUAAUUGGUCCGCUGGUACUCAAUUUUAUUUUAAUAUUACUGGAAUACUUCAACAUCCUUCUUAUUGGGAAGAUCCAGAAAAAUUUAUUCCUGAAAGAUUUUUUGACGACCAAUUAAAUAAAGAUUUACGAAAUUUAUUAUUUGGUUUUGGUGUUCGUAAUUGUCCUGGUUAUAAAUCUUCUAUGAUUGAAUUGCAAUGUUUUUUGUGUCUUUUAUUUAGAAAGUAUGAUAUAGAAUUAGUUGAUCCUAAUGUUCCUUUGAAAACUGUCAUAGGAUUCCUAACAGCUUGUCUUGAGUUACCUGUCAGGAUUAAAUUGAGAAAGUAGAAUUUCAACUUAUAUAUGAAAGAAAAGAAUUCUAUUUAAUAUUUUUAAUUAGGGGUAAAAGUCAGGUGAAGGGGAUUAAUUAGUAAUAACGAAAUUAAGUAUUUAAAUAAAGCGAUUUACAAAAAUUGAAACAAA